CGCACGUGUCCGCCGCCGCCGCGAUGCUUCCUCUGCUGCGCCGCGUGCCCCGCGCGCUGGGCUCCGCCGUCGCCGGGCUCCGCGCCGCGCCCGUCCCGCCAACCCGGCCGCUGCUGCAGCCCGCGCCCCGGCCGUGCGUGCGGCCUUUCGGGCUGUUCCGAGUGCGCGCCGGCCUCCUGGUCCCCCGCGGGCCCUGCAGCUGCGGCUGCGGCGCGCUGCACACCCAGGGAGACAAAGCUUUCGUCGAGUUCCUGAACGACGAGAUUAAGGAGGAGAAGAAGAUACAGAAGCAUGGGUCCCUCCCCAAGAUGUCUGGGGGCUGGGAGCUGGAAGUGAACGGGACAGAAGCCACGUUAGUGCGGAAAGUGGCUGGAGAAAAGAUCACGGUGACGUUCAACAUUAACAACAGCAUCCCGCCGACAUUUGCUGGGGAGGAGGAGCCCUCCCAGGGGCAGAAGGCGGAAGAACAGGAGCCCGAACUGACGUCCACUCCCAAUUUCGUGGUGGAGGUUAUAAAGAACGGCGGCAAGAAGGCCCUGGUUCUGGACUGUCACUAUCCGGAAGACGAGGUGGGGCAGGAAGAGGAGGACGAGAGUGACAUCUUCGCCAUCAGAGAAGUGAGCUUUCAGUCGGUUGGCGAGUCUGAGUGGAAGGACACGAACUACACGCUCAACACGGACUCCCUGGACUGGCGAGUGGCGUUUCUGUCUCCAGGCCUUAUACGACCACCUGAUGGACUUCCUGGCCGACCGGGGGGUGGACAACACUUUCGCCGAUGAGCUGGUGGAGCUCAGCACGGCCCUGGAGCACCGGGAGUACAUCACUUUUCUCGAAGACCUGAAGGGGUUCGUCAAGAGCCAGUAGGCCAGACCAGAGCAGACGUUGAACGCCUUGCGUUUACGGCAGGCUUUGGCCAGGGGACAAGCCCACUCUGGAGCUAGACACGCGUGCUUGGAGACGGUUUUCGUGCUAGUAUCAUGGAAAAUAAUUCAGAUUUAAAUUAUUUCUGUUGCCCUCUUAUUUACUGUUCGUUGACUCCUCCUCUAGGCUCUGUCGCUCCUGGAAUUUUGUAUAACACAAUGACGGACAAUAAAAUUGUUUUCGCUCCCCUGA